AGUUAAAACUGACGCCCCACAUUCACUUUCAAUCUGUUCUUGAAAUCAACAUACAUUUUCAGCUUUUAAAUUGUUCCCUUCAUUAGCACCUUAUUUAUUUAUCACAAAACAAACGAUUAGGCACCUAUAUAUAUAUAUAUAUAUAUAUAUAUUGGUUUUGCAUACACUGCAAAUUAAUCACCAACACAUUCAACUUAGUAGGAGAUGACGAAGCUACCUCAGAUCGCCAUUCUUGGCGCUGGCACUUUCGUUAGGACCCAAUACAUUCCCAGAUUAGCUGAGAUCUCUGACCUCCUUGUUCUCAAAUCAAUUUGGAGCCGAACCGAGGAAUCAGCUAGAGGUGCUGUUGAGAUCGCUCGUAAAUUUUUCCCGGAAGUUGAAUGUAAGUGGGGCGACGAGGGUCUUCAUGAAAUUGUUCAGGAUAGUUCCAUACUUGGGGUUGCGGUGGUUCUGGCUGGACAAACUCAGGUAGAUGUCGCACUGAGGCUGCUGAAGGCAGGCAAGCAUGUCCUUCAAGAGAAACCGGCAGCAGCUUCCAAUAUUGAGGCAGAAACUGCAUUGUCAAGCUAUAAUUCUAUUUGCGCCAAGAUUCCUGGUCAACCAAUAUGGGCUGUUGCAGAAAAUUAUCGGUUUGAACCUGCUUUUGUCGAGGGCAAAAAACUAGUGGCUGGCAUUGGGGAUAUGAUAAGCGUCCAAGUAAUUGUUGAAGGAUCAAUGAACAGUUCAAAUCCUUACUUCUCAAGCUCUUGGAGGCGCAAUUUUACUGGAGGUUUCGUUCUAGAUAUGGGGGUACAUUUCAUUGCAGGGUUGAGGAUGCUUGUUGGGUGUGAAGUCGCCUCAGUAUCAGCUCUGUCUUCUCAUGUAGAUUUGACUUUGCCUCCACCAGAUAACAUCUCCUCUACAUUUCAACUUGAGAAUGGAUGUUCUGGAGUUUUCGUAUUGGUGGUAUCCACAAGAUCGCCCAAGGUAUUAUGGCGAGUUGUUGGCUUAAACGGAACACUGCAAAUUGAGCGAGGAAACAAAGACGGGAAACAUGGGUACUCGGUUUUCCUUUAUACUGCUGACGGCGAAAGCAAGAGUUUCUUCUACCCAUUCAGUGGGGUGGACGAAGAGUUAAAAUCUUUCAUACAUGACAUUUCACAGGCCAAUGUUAAGGAGGAUAGUGGCUACAGAGCUGAACCUCGCAUGUCUUUUGCUGAAGGUGCCCGUGAUGUGGCUGUUUUAGAGGCGAUGCUUGAAUCAGGAAGCAGGCAAGGAGCCUUUGUCCAAGUUAAAAAAUUUUAGGUUCAUGUUAGGUUUCAUCCUCCGGAACUACUUUAUUGCAUCUGUUAAUAUGAUUUAUAUGCUUUGGGAUCUUCGAUUUUCAAGCUUAAUGAUAAUUUGUAUGAAAUUAAAAGCACCUAGAUAUGCAAAGCAUUUGCCAAGGGAGGUAGCUUCCUUUAUUUUGUUGAUUCGAAAUGGUUAAUAGAUGAAGUGAGUUGUGGUGAA